AUGCUUACCACCUCAUUCCAGUUGACUCAUGUCACACCGAUUCCCGACUACAUGACCCGCGAGGAGGUCCUCUCCCACCUUCACAAUGCGGAAGUCCAUAUCAAGAGCGACCCGAAUUUGACACACUGGACGCCCCGCACGCCCAAGGUGCCCCCCACUGUUCCCGACGAUGUUGAUUCCAUAGCGGUCACUGAGUGUUACACCAUCACGGAUACGGUGCCUACCAACCUCCCAAAGGCCCUGCCCAAAGGCAUGCUCGAGAAGAAGAGUAUCAGCGAGUACGAGUUUACCUUCACCCCGGAUGGAAGUUUCGUCAAAAUCCACUGCCCCAUGAGCGUCCUUUUGGAAACGCGGUGGCGUGUUCGCAAGGGGAGCGACGGAAGUCUGGAGUUAGAAGAGGUUGUGGACGCUCACUGCUCCCGUUUCCUUGUGGGCGUUGUAAAAGGCGAAUUAGAGAAGAACUGGGUGGAGGUCCACCGGAAGAUAUUGACAGGGAAAGCAUGA